AUGAACUUAAAUAUCAUAAAAUCAUCAUCCAUUGUCAGGACCCACCACACCGGAAUACCACACAUGUCGUUGACUGCCAUAGCCACACCGACAACACCUUGGGCCUCUUUCAAUUCAGCCAUAAUCACUAACUGGGACCACAUGUGCCCCAGAUCACAACUUUGCACACGCAAGUUGAGGCCAACGAUUUGGCAAACUUUCAAUGGGAAUCAACUUUUGGGACCACGUCCAAUGGUUUCAGAACAUGAAAAACCCCCCAAGACCACCUUUGUAGUGUCUAAUUUGGCCGACGAGAUGGUGGGAGUGGGGAAGCGGCAUCGGACAAACUUGGCCAAGCGAGCGGCUCGUGAAGCCAAGGAGGCACCGGCUCAGCCACAGACUCAUAAGCGCAAAAUCUCACUUAAAAAAUCCGUUAAAAUUGGUAGACCUGGAUACCGUGUGACAAAGCAAUUUGACCCAGAGACGAAACAGAGGUCUCUACUUUUCCAGUCGUUUCUUCCAAAGUAUAGAAAAGAAACCAUGAAGACAUCCACCUGUAUUCUAGCUUCAAUUCUUGCCUCGCUUUUUUUGUUUGGUGCAAAAUCAGUAAAUGCUCAAGAAGUUGAGGAUGAGAGAGAAUUUGAUUACGCAAAGGAAAGCGAAAAGGGUCCGAGAAAAUGGGGAGAGUUGAGGAAAGAAUGGGCCGCAUGCAAGGAUGGAAAAUUGCAGUCUCCCAUUGAUAUGUCGAAUGAAAGAGUUGGAGUUAUCUCUAAACCAGAAAAGAGGAAUUAUAAGCCUGUCAAUGCCACGGUCAGGAAUAGAGGUCAUGAUAUUUCGCUUCAUUGGAACGGUGAUGCAGGAUCAAUAUUGAUCAACAAGACGGAGUACCCACUUCGACAAGCUCAUUGGCACUCUCCUUCUGAGCACACUAUUAAUGGUAGAAGGUACGCUAUGGAACUGCACUUGGUACACCAAACCUCGGGCCUAAAUGUUAAGAACCGGAUAACCGUUACUGGUGUCUUCUACAAGAUUGGCAAACCUGAUAAAUUUCUCUCCAAGUUAAUGACAAAUAUAUCAUCAAUGGUUGAUCAGAAGGAUGAAGGCAGAAAUCUGGGAAUAAUUAAUCCAAAAGAUAUUAAAAUGAACAGUAAAAGGUAUUACAGAUACAUGGGAUCACUCACAGUUCCUCCUUGUACUGAAGGUGUUAUCUGGACCAUAAACACUAAGGUGAAGACUGUUUCAAAAGAUCAACUUAAGUUGCUUAGAGAAGCCGUCCAAGACUAUGCAGAAGAAAAUGCAAGGCCAUUGCAACCAAAACACAGUCGAGAUAUUUACCUUUACGGCCCGGGAGAUACAAGUCAUUGA